AUGGCGGAAUUCGUGCGUGCCCAGAUCUUUGGCACCACUUUUGAGAUCACCAGCCGGUACACCGACCUGCAGCCGGUGGGCAUGGGUGCUUUUGGUCUUGUCUGCUCGGCGCGGGAUCAAUUGACCGGGCAACCAGUCGCCGUCAAAAAAAUCAUGAAGCCAUUCAGCACACCCGUCCUGUCCAAGAGAACAUACCGCGAACUAAAACUGUUGAAACACCUGCGACACGAAAAUAUCAUCAGUCUGAGCGACAUUUUUAUCUCCCCGCUCGAGGAUAUCUAUUUCGUCACAGAGCUGCUUGGCACCGAUCUUCACAGAUUGUUAACUUCGCGGCCUCUUGAAAAACAGUUUAUUCAAUAUUUCCUUUACCAGAUUCUGCGGGGGUUGAAAUAUGUCCACUCGGCCGGUGUCGUCCAUCGUGAUCUCAAACCCAGUAACAUCCUCAUCAACGAGAACUGCGACCUCAAAAUCUGCGAUUUCGGUCUUGCCCGUAUCCAGGAUCCGCAGAUGACGGGCUAUGUUUCGACCCGGUAUUACCGUGCGCCCGAGAUCAUGCUCACUUGGCAGAAGUACGACGUGGAGGUGGAUAUUUGGAGCGCAGCAUGUAUUUUUGCGGAGAUGUUGGAGGGAAAGCCCCUGUUUCCCGGAAAGGAUCACGUCAAUCAAUUCUCGAUCAUUACAGAGCUGCUGGGGACUCCGCCCGACGACGUGAUUCAGACCAUUUGCAGCGAGAAUACGUUGCGAUUCGUCAAGUCGCUACCCAAGCGUGAGCGACAACCUCUGGCCACCAAGUUCAAGAAUGCCGAUCCAGAUGCGGUCGAUCUGCUGGAAAAAAUGCUUGUAUUUGACCCGAAGAAGCGCAUCCGGGCUGGCGAAGCCCUGGCCCACGAGUACCUUGCCCCGUAUCACGACCCGACCGACGAGCCUGAGGCCGAGGAGAAGUUCGAUUGGUCAUUCAACGAUGCCGACCUGCCGGUGGAUACAUGGAAGAUCAUGAUGUACUCCGAAAUCCUGGACUUUCACAACAUCGACCAGGGCAACGAUGCCGGUCAAGUGCUUGUCGAGGGGGCUGCGGCCGGACAGCAGAGCUUUGCAUGA